AUGCCUCCCAAAGGCGACAAAUAUUCGGUCAUCCUACCUACCUACAAUGAACGACAAAACUUACCAGUCCUGGUGCAGAUGCUGUCCGAUGUCUUUACAAGAGAAAAAAUAAAUUGGGAAGUCAUUGUGGUGGACGACGCGUCGCCCGACGGCACUCUCGAACGAGCCAAAGAACUACAGAAAUCCUUCGGGGCGGACCACAUCGUUCUGAAACCCCGCGCAGGGAAACUCGGUCUUGGUACAGCCUAUGUUCAUGGGCUGCAGUUCGUCACGGGGAACUACGUGAUCAUCAUGGAUGCGGAUUUCUCACACCAUCCCAAGUUCAUCCCGGAAUUUAUCAAGGUUCAGAAGCAAACCAACUCGGACAUCGUUACAGGCACAAGAUACAGGAGCAGGCCAGGCUUGAUUGGUGGCGUGUAUGGCUGGGAUGCGAAGCGGAAACUCACGAGCUGUGGUGCCAACAUCCUGGCCGAUUUCCUGCUGAACCCUGGUGUCAGCGACUUGACGGGCUCGUUCCGGCUAUACAAGAAAGAGGCACUGGUCAAGGUGAUUGAGACCACGGAAUCCAAGGGUUACACGUUCCAGAUGGAAAUGAUGGUGCGGGCCAAGGCUAUGGGAAUGAAGGUCGAGGAAGUUCCUAUCACCUUUGUCGAUCGGUUGUACGGUGAGAGCAAACUAGGGGGUGAAGAAAUUGUCGAAUACCUGAAGGGUCUGGUAUGGCUGUGGUGGUCGGUGUAA